UGUCGUCAAAAUUUUCGCCUCAGUGUCGUUUCCCACGGAACCAAAAACUUCCGCGCGACAUUUCCCCCUUAACGUCCACCGUAAAACCCUUAAGGAAUUUUGACUGCAUCCUCCGGCAGACUUGUAUUGUUCCAAGCUGAAAUUCCCCGUUUUAAAUAAAACAUGGAAGAUUCUAGUACCAACCCGAAUAAUCUAUUUAAGCCGGAAUACGCCGCGUUGGGACUGCGGGAUCCCGGACCGAUACCGCUCCCGCCCAGCCCCGAAAGCGGGGAAUCGUUUGUUAUAAUUAAAACGGCCGACGAACUGAGCGGUCUGGACGAAGAUUGCAGUUUUACCGACGUAAGUUUGAUUCAAGAGAACAAAAGAAUCCUUAUGGACGAGUUGGCGGAAAUCGAGGCGGCCUUAAAAGCUGAUCAACAACCAUCACAAAACACCCCAGACAGCCCCAAAGGGCCCGAAGCAUGCGUCCUUGAAAAAACCGAAAAUACAUCUGAAAGUGUCGCCUCAUUUAAAAGCGUCAACAAUUCACUACCUUCAGAAAAUCAGCAAAAAAGCGGCUCCAAUUCUUAUGAUAUGUGUACCAGUAAUUUGCCUGCUAUGCCCAAACCUAACCUAGAACCUGACAAAGAUGACUCGAAGGCCAUAAGCAUCCUAAGUUUCGCCCCAAGCGAUUUCGGUUCCGAAGAGAUCCUGCAGGCAAAAAUCACCCAAUUAAUCGACGAAAACACUCAUUUAAAGGACACUUUAAUACAGAACAACCAGAGUUUGAAAUCUCAUUACGAACGAAUCAUUCUCUGGCAAAGGGACGUGGAGAGAGUACACGAGGGGCACAAGGAGAAGUUCAAGGAAGCCAAGAAGUGUAUUGAAACGCUCAAAGAAGAAAAUAACGCACUUAAGCAACAAAUAGAAACGUCCCAAAAGGAAAUUAAAACCGCACAAUUGGAAAGUGCCAAUAAGAAAAUCAUGGACUUAGAAGAGUCUUUGGAGAAAUUGUCCCUGCAGAAGGACGAAUGUUUGGCAGAAGGAGCCAGAGAAGUGGAAAUGUUGCGGGAAAAACUGGAACGGUACGAAAAGGAGCUGGAAAAUGCUUAUAAGAAAAUAAGGGGUUUGGAAAAAAGUAUGGAGGAGCACAGCGAUGUUGAUUCUGAACGUUUGAAGUUAAUCGAGGAAAAACUGUUAUUAUCGGAGAUGUCGAACGAGCGGGCCAACAAAGAAAUCCUCUCUUUGCGCAACCAAUUGGCCCAAACCGUCCAAAUGACCGACGAGACUUCGAAGCUACAAUUGGCAUUAAAAAGGUUAGAGGCCGAGCUGGAGUCCAGAAAUUCCUCGAUAAUGUUCGCCCAAAAUCGCAUAAUAAAACUAGAAGGGGACCUGGAGGCCGCCCUUAAUAAGACGAAGGAACUGGAAGCGAACGUGGAAUUUAUUAAGGAAAAGGAGGAGCAGGCAAAUAUAGCGGCUUGGCAAGCGAGACACAAAUACGCCGAACUAGAACACGCGAAUCAAUAUUUAAGGAAUACCCAACAGGAAACGAACCAUCGUAAUCCGGAAAACGACGCGUCCGAACUGGCCUAUGCCCAUCAACAGUUACGGCAGUCCCAAAAGGCUUUAACCGAUUGCGAGCAAAAUAAGACAGUGGCCCAAUCGAUGGUUGCCAAGUUGAGCGGUCACCUUGCCGAUUUACAGAGACAAUUGGAGACGAACCGUAGAAGCGCGGAGGAUAACGAGUUCGCAUUAAGGACACAGUUGGAUAUUUACAAAGCCGACUUCGAGGCGGAACGGGAAGCGAAAGAGAGCACGAAGCAAGAGAAGGACAAAUUAACGGAGGAUCUGCAACAUUUGCACCGGCGCAAUCAGCAAAUGCAGGAAGAGAUCGAAUUGCUUAGGGAGCAGGUGAGGCAACACGGCGGGAGGCCCAGGCAUUCUGCUAGGGAGGAACCUCAAGCGUCACCGAUACUACAAAGGUAUCCGUGCCCCAUAUGCCAAGUGCAAUUCAGGUCGGUGAAAAUGGUCCAAGACCAUCUCGACACGUGCGUAUGUCACGCCCCCUGGUAGGACUUUUUUACAGCCUUCAUUUGACGCUUUUCUAACGUUUUAAGAGAUCCGGUCAAACGUACUACUGUCCCAAGUGCAAUUUCGGUUUUAGCACCCCAAACGCCAUCGAAAAUCACGUUCUACGUUGUAUCGAGUUAGACGAAGUACUUCCGUAAAUAAUUGUACGUAGUUACGGUCCUGGCCAUGUUAGAAUUGACAGGAAUUAGUUAAGCCGGAUGUGAUUAUGAAUAGUGAGUAAUUUUUAAGUAAGAAUUAGUAUUUUUAAGGUGAAUUACUUUAAUAUUGAAUAUCUGUAUUAUGGUUACAGUUUAAUAAAUACAUAUAACCCAA